ACAGUCCCAGCCGGCUGUAGCUAAGGCCUGUGUAAUUGAUAAGAUGCAUCUGGCUUCAAGGCACAGAUUAAGUACAAGGGCAGGCUCUUGCUGUAGUUGGAGAAUCUGGUUGGAUAGGAGCUAAAUCCCGGGACCACUUGCUCUAUAUAUAUGAGUGCCAAGAUAAUCUAGAGCAGGAAGAGGCAGAGAGGCAGGCACCCUGCCUGGCUCUUCCUGCUGCUGAAAACUUACCCGGCCCUUACAGUGGAAAAUUUCAUCCUUUCUUCUUCCCUGACUGUUUUCCCAAACAUGAAGGCAAUAAGCUUACUCAUUUUGGUGGGAUUUACAGGAGAGUUCCAAAUUUUUUCAAGUGCCUCCUCUCCAGUGAACUGCCAGUGGGAAUCGUAUGCCCCUUGGUCAGAAUGCAAUGGCUGUACCAAGACUCAGACUCGCAGGCGGUCAGUUGCUGUGUAUGCACAGUAUGGGGGCCAGCCUUGUAUUGGAAGUGCUUUUGAAACACAGUCCUGUAAACCUACAAGAGGAUGUCCAACAGAGGAGGGAUGUGGAGAGCGUUUCAGGUGUUUUUCAGGUCAGUGCAUCAGCAAAUUGUUGGUUUGCAAUGGGGAUUCUGACUGUGAAGAAGAUGGUGCUGAUGAAGACAGAUGUGAGGACUCAGAAAGGAGACCUUCCUGUGAUAUCGAUAAGCCUCCUCCUAACAUAGAACUUACUGGAAAUGGUUACAAUGCACUCACUGGCCAGUUUAGGAACAGAGUCAUCAACACCAAAAGUUUUGGUGGUCAGUGUCGAAAGGUGUUUAGCGGGGAUGGAAGAGACUUCUACCGGCUGAGUGGAAAUGUCCUCUCCUAUACAUUCCAGGUGAAAGUAAAUAAUGAUUUUAAUUACGAAUUUUACAAUAGUACUUGGUCUUAUGUAAAAUGUACAUCGACAGAACAUACAUCAUCUAGUAAGAAGCGCUCCUUUUUUAGAUCUUCAUCAUCUAGCUCACACAGUUAUACUUCACAUACCAAUGAAAUCCAUAAAGAAAAGAGUUAUCAAUUGUUGGUUGUAGAGAACACUGUUGAAGUGGCUCAGUUCAUUAAUAACAAUCCAGAAUUUUUACAACUUGCGGAGCCAUUCUGGAAGGAGCUUUCCCACCUCCCCUCUCUGUAUGACUACAGUGCCUACCGAAGACUCAUCGACCAGUAUGGGACACAUUAUCUGCAAUCUGGGUCCUUAGGAGGAGAAUACAGAGUUUUAUUUUAUGUGGACUCAGAAAAAUUCAAACAAAAGGAUUUUGGUUCAGUAGAAGGAAAAAACUGUAAAUCCUCAGGUUGGCAUUUUCUCUUUAGUUCAUCAAGACAUAAAUGCAAGGAAAUGGAAGACGCUUUAAAAUCUGAUUCAGGAACCCACAGCAAUGUGAUGCGAGGAGACCCGUUUGUCAGAGGGGGAGCUGCGGGCUUCGUAUCUGGCCUUAGUUACCUAGAGCUGGACAACCCCGCUGGAAACAAAAGACGAUAUUCUUCCUGGGCAGAAUCUGUGACUAAUCUUCCUCAAGUCAUAAAACAAAAGCUGACACCUUUAUAUGAGCUGGUAAAGGAUGUACCUUGUGCCUCUGUGAAAAAACUAUACCUGAAACGGGCUCUUGAAGAGUAUCUGGAUGAAUUUGACCUCUGUCAUUGCCAGCCUUGUCAAAAUGGUGGCUUGGCCACUGUUGAGGGGACCCAUUGUGUGUGCCAUUGCAAACCAUACACAUUUGGUGCAGCAUGUGAGAAAGGAGUCCUCAUAGGGAAUCAAGCAGGAGGGGUUGAUGGAGGUUGGAGUUGCUGGUCCUCUUGGAGCCCCUGUGUUCAAGGGAAGAAAACAAGAAGCCGAGAAUGCAAUAACCCACCUCCCAGUGAGGGUGGGAGAUCCUGCAUUGGAGAAACAACAGAAAGCGCACAAUGUGAAGAUGAGGAGCUGGAGCACUUGAGAAUGCUCGAACCGCAUUGCUUUCCUUUGUCUUUGGUUCCAACAGAAUACUGUCCAUCACCUCCUGCCUUGAAAGAUGGAUUUGUUCAAGAUGAAGGUACAAUGUUUCCUGUGGGGAAAAAUGUACUGUAUACUUGCAAUGAAGGAUACUCUCUUAUUGGAAACCCAGUGGCCAGAUGUGGAGAAGAUUUACGGUGGCUGGUUGGGGAUAUGCGUUGUCAGAAAAUUGCCUGUGUUCUACCUGUCCUGAUGGAUGGCAUACAGAGUCACCCCCAUAAACCUUUCUAUGCAGUUGGUGAGAAGGUGACUGUUUCCUGUUCAGGUGGCAUGUCCUUGGAAGGUCCUUCAGCAUUUCUCUGUGGCUCCAGCCUUAAGUGGAGUCCUGAGAUGAAGAAUGUCCGGUGUGUACAAAAAGACACUCCUUUAACACAGGCAGUGCCUAAAUGUCAGCUCUGGGAGAAACUGCAGAAUUCAAGAUGCGUUUGUAAAAUGCCCUAUGAAUGUGGAUCUUCCUUGGAUGUAUGCGCUCAAGAUGAGAGAAGCAAAAGGAUACUGCCUCUGACAGUGUGCAAGCUGCAUGUUCUCCACUGUCAGGGUAGAAAUUACACUCUUACUGGCAUGGACAGCUGCACUCUGCCUGCCUCAGCUGAGAAAGCUUGUGGUGCCUGCCCACUAUGGGGAAAAUGUGAUGCUGAGAGCAGCAAAUGUGUCUGCCGAGAAGCAUCGGAGUGCGAAGAAGAAGGGUUUAGCAUCUGUGUGGAAAUGAACGGCAAGGAGCAGACGAUGUCUGAGUGUGAGGUGGGCGCUCUGAGAUGCACAGGGCGGAGCAUCUCCGUCAUCAGCAUAAAGCCUUGUGCUGUGCCAACCCAGUAGGCUCCUGAGGCCCUAGUCAGCUUGCUUGGAAUCCAGCAGGCAGCUGGGGCUGAGUGAAAACAUCUGCACACCUGGGCACUGGACAGCUUUUCCUUUUUCUCCAGAGUUUACUUUCCUCCUCAAAUCCCAGCCAUCUGCAUAAAGACAACCCUUUGUUCUCCCAAAUCUGAAUCGAGUUAAUCUUUUAUCUCCUUUUUAGUGUGAGUCAGGAUGAAGACUAUUCAUGAGCCUUUGCACAGGCUGGCUGCAUGUUCUUGAAAAGCAUUUUACCUUCUCCGGGCCUUGGUUUUUUAAAAUCUGCAAAAUUAAAGGAUUGUGCUAGAGAAA